AUGCAGUAUCGCUUUCUCUCCUUCCUGUGGGCGUGUGUGCUGUUUGCCCUGGCAGCAGCCCAGACAGCUUCCGUCACUGAUGGCACCACUGCCGUGACGGCGCCCACUGACUCGACAGUCGCAACGUCGGACACGGGGGCUACUACUGUAGUCUCGACGGCAGACUCGAGCGCCGCUACAGAGUCCGCAAGUAGCCCCAGCAAUGGGGGGUCGCAGACAACGGCCUCAACGACCGCCGCCGGCAGCUCCGGCGGCAGUGGUUCGACUUCCAGUUCUUCCACCUCGAGUACAAAUCCGCCUGAUGUGCUCUUGAGGGUUCCCCAGCUGUCAGUAGACAAGAUUGAACUGGAUGUCGACAAUCUGCAAGCUGAGAUCAACCUUGCAGCCCAAGUCGCCAGUUUGGUUGAGAUCAAUGCCGGCAUCCAGGUGGGCAUCACCAAGGUCAACAUUACGAUUGCAGACGUCGAUGCCGAGUUGGAACUCAUCAUCCGGCUCGGCAACCUGGUAGACAUUGUCAACCGGACGCUGGCAACGCUGGACCUCAACCCGCUCCUGAUCAAUAUCCUGAAUGAGGUCGGUGACGUUGUAGACUCGGUCGUGGGCGCCGUCGAUGGCCUGCUCGGAUCCAUUGUGAAUGGCGAUUCCACCAUCAACUUCUUGAUUGACAACCUCGGCAAUAUUGUCCAAGAGGUGGCAGGAACCGCGGGCACGCUGCUGAGCACCAUCAUCGGCAACUACCAGCAGAACAUGACGGACACGGGUGCGCAGACGAUACUGGACGGCGGGCUCAUACAGAAGACGUAUCUGUACGAGCCGCUCAAUUCGCUGGUCAACAUUGUGACCAACUCGCUGGGACAGGUGGUACAGGCCGUGGUGAUUGGGAGCGGCGACGGAAGCAGCACAUCCACAACCACGGCAGCAACGACCUCGGCAACGUCGACUGCUAGCGCAUAG